UCAAGGCGACAACAGGUUGUUGUCCCGCCCUGGCGUAUCAGUUGAUAAAAUCGUUUCGGCACUGCAAAACACUCUCUGGUGCCGUCGUCGCGUUUUCAGAUACUUAAAUACUGAAUCUCAAUCACCGGAUACCCCACAGAAUAGAAUCUCCCCCAUAAUGUAUCCCUUCGGUUCUGGUUCUGGUUCUGGAAUGCCAUCGUACCCCCCCACCUCCACUAACCACCAAGAGCCACCGCGGGCGCCCUUUGGAGCUGGUUGGGUGCCACCGAUGCAGCAGAACUCGCCAUACCCCCCCGCACAGCCAUCGCCCCACCAUCAGCACCACCAUCAGCAGCACUAUCCCGGAGCCCCUGCUCCCUAUCCGCCAGUGUCGGCUCCCUACCCGGCGGCCAACCCAUCCUAUCCCCCCUAUCCCAGUUCGAAUCCGUAUCCGCCGCAGUUCGCUCCUCCGCCGCACCAGCAGCAGCAGCCAGUCCCCUAUCCCGCGGAUCGUGGAUACACCCCGGCCAUGACGGCCGGAUACGAUGCAGGCCAUGGCUACGGAAACGGACAAGGAUACGGACAGGGACACGGACAUGGACAUGGGCAGGGGCAGGGCUAUGGACAGGGGCAUGGGCAUGGGCAUGGACAGGGGUACGGGCAUGGUCAGGGGCAGGCGCAUCGGUCACUCCCAGCUCACAGAGAGGGAACUCCCACCGUGGUGCCCGCCCAGGCCUUCGAUCCCGUCAAGGAUGCCCACGCCCUGCGCAAGGCGAUGAAGGGCUUCGGCACCGAUGAGGACGCCCUCAUCGAGAUCAUCUGCCGGCGGACGAACGAGCAGCGCCAGGAGAUCCAGCGCCAGUACAAGACCCAUUUCGGCAAGGACCUUAUCGAGGACAUCAAGUCGGAGACGAGCGGCAACUUCGAGAAGCUGCUCGUCGGCCUGCUGCGCCCCAUCGUGGACUACUACUGCGCGGAGCUGAACGACGCCAUGGCUGGCCUGGGCACCGACGAGGAGGUCCUCAUCGAGAUCCUCUGCACGCUGUCCAACAUGGAGAUCUACACGAUCAAAAACCAGUACUUACGACUGUACGGUGCUCACUUGGAGUCCGAACUGAAGUCGGAAACCUCGGGCAACUUCAAGCGGCUGCUCACCUCCCUGAUCACGGCUGCACGGGACGAAAGUGGUCGGGUGGACCCCGUCGCGGCCAAGAACGAUGCCAGGGAGCUGCUCAAGGCCGGCGAACUGCGCGUCGGCACCGACGAGAGCAUGUUCAACAUGAUCCUCUGCCAGAGGAACUACCAGCAGUUGAAAAUGAUAUUCCAGGAGUACGAGGGCAUGACUGGCCACUCGCUGGAGAAGGCCAUCAAGAAGGAGUUCUCGGGCGACGUGAUGGAAGGCCUCAUCGCCAUCUACAGGUGUGUCACCAACAAGGCCGAGUACUUCGCCUCGCGCUUGCACAAGUCGAUGGCUGGCAUCGGCACCAACGACACCCAGUUGAUCCGUGUGAUCAUCACGCGGAGCGAGAUUGAUAUGACAGACAUCAAGGUGGCCUUCGAGCGGCUGUACGGCAAGUCCCUUAAGAGUUGGAUCAAGGGCGACACUUCGGGCCACUACAAGCAUGCUCUGUACGCCCUGGUGGGUGAACAGCGCUCUUCUUAAGAAUCUCCAUGCAUAUUUAUUAUUCAAAUCGAAGCGAACUCGAAAUCAAUUAUUCGGAUACAUGGUUCUCCUCCGUGUACUCGACCAUUAACACACAUACAACAUACACUCCAAGGGAGCCAAUUAUGACCCAGUUUGUAGGCGUUAAGUGCUCACAAAUAUUACCUGAACAAUUUGAUACCUCUAAAAACAAGCAUAGAACCCAUGGCUAGCCAGAGUGGUAUUUUGCCUUUUUUUAGUAUUGAAAUACCUUUGUAUUUGAACGUGCUUGGAAAGAGAAAUAUGCCUACAUGUGUUGAAGUUCCUCUCGUGAAUCAGAACUAAGGAUUAGCUAAUAUCUCAAGUGACCACAUAAAUGUAGCAAUCGAUCUUUCUACCUACCGACUUCGUCUCGACAGUGCCUCAAUGUAAACUCUAUUGCCUACUUCGAAAGCAUUUAAAAACUGCGAAAAACAAAAAAAAAAAAGCAUACACUUCAAAAAAUAUACGCAUAUUGAAACGAAGAAUCUAUUUGUAUUCACUUAUACACUACUAUGCACACAUAAUCGUGUUUGUAAGCGGGUUCUUUUAACUUCUAGCUCGCUGUCAAUGGAAUAAAUUAUUACAAAUAUAUAUGUGUGUAUUGAA